AACAUAAUAAGUGUUAAUAUCUGUGACAAUCGCUCCAAGGCAUCUUUCGAGUUAAUCUUAGUUACCAUUUCGUAAAGCACUUGAAUUGCGUUGAGGCAUUGUUUAUCUUAAGAUAAUGCGAGUAAUUUGGGUAAGUUUAUACAAACGAAACGAGUCGUGAAACAUCUUCCAAAGUGUACCACAUUCAUGUGGUGAAAAUUAUUUCCAUUUCUUCAUUUCUGAGUAGAACAUUCAAUAUUGAAGAAGCUUUAUUGUUCGAGUAGUCUACAGAUGGCCACACGUAGUGGUACGUAAACGGUGGCGCUAACGAAUGCAUUCAAAACGGUGCAACAUUUUCAAAAAUUAUUCACAAAAAAACUGAGGCAAUAUGGCUGACAACAACGUGCGACAAUUUGGCCAGAAUGGCAUCAUUCAACCGCUCCUAACAGAUCUCUACCAAAUCACAAUGGCUUACGCCUAUUGGAAAUCAGGCAAAACCAAAGACCUUGCAGUAUUCGACUUGUUUUUUCGAAAAAAUCCCUUUCAAGGAGAGUUCACGAUAUUCGCAGGCCUGGAAGAAUGCUUAAAGUUUUUGGGCAAGUUCCGAUACUCAGAAAGUGAUAUCGAGUAUUUGAGGACGACCUUACCAUCAUCUACAGAGGAUGCAUUUUUUGACUUUCUCGGCACAUUAACAGCAGCGGAUGUUAAGCUGUUUGCAUUGGCAGAAGGAUCUGUAGCCUUUCCAAGAGUGCCCCUGAUGCGAGUAGAAGGGCCUCUGACGGUGGUUCAAUUACUAGAAACCACUUUGCUGACUCUGGUUAAUUACGCAAGUUUAAUGGCAACUAACGCAGCACGAUACAGAAUAGCGGCGGGGAAUUUAAUGUUAUUCGAAUUCGGGCUGCGAAGAGCACAAGGCCCAGAUGGGGGCUUAUCAGCCUCAAAAUAUUCUUACAUCGGUGGAUUUGACGGUACCAGCAACGUGCUAGCAGGGAAACUGUUCAACAUUCCCGUUAAAGGGACACAUGCUCAUUCUUACAUCACAUCUUUCAAUGGUUUUGCGGAGCUAAAAAACGUCACCCUUCAAGGCCGAAAUGGGGGAAAACCUCAGGAUUUACUAAAACUCACCUUAGCUUGGAAGGAAAAACUCUUAUCAAUUUUCAAUGUUAUCUCUUCAGAAGCUAGUGAAGGCGAAUUGGCUGCCCUAAUAUCAUUUGCCAUAGCUUUUCCUGAUGGGUUUAUGGCGUUGGUUGAUACCUACGAGGUUCAAAGAAGUGGCCUUUUAAACUACUGUGCCGUGGCCUUAGCUCUAAACGAUCUUGGCUACCGCGCCAUAGGGAUAAGAUUGGACAGUGGAGAUUUAUCGUAUCUCUCCAACGUUUCUCGUCAUUAUUUCACGGAAAUAGGACGCAAAUUCAACAUCCCUUGGUUCGAAAACUUGAUGAUAAUGGCUUCGAAUGAUAUCAACGAAGAGACGAUAAUCAGCUUAAACGAGCAAGGCCACAAAAUAAACUGCUUUGGAAUUGGAACCCAUUUGGUGACUUGCCAAAGACAACCAGCCUUGGGAUGUGUCUACAAGAUGGUCGAACUGAAUCACUAUCCUAGAAUAAAAUUAAGUCAAGAAGUAGCCAAAGUGACCAUGCCCGGAAGCAAAGAUGCAUACAGACUCUACAGUGAAAGCGGAGACGCUUUGGUUGAUCUGCUGCAAAGAUCAGUGGAACCUCCUCCAAAAGUGAAUGAGAAAAUUUUAUGCCGCCAUGCAUUCGAGGAAUCCAAAAGGGCCUACGUGAAACCGUCUAAAGUUGAAAAACUGCUUCAACUUUACUGGGCCGAUGGUAAAAUUGUGAAGGCCUUGCCAAGCUUGGAGGAGAUUAAAGGCAAAGUUACCAGUUCUAUGAAAACUUUAAGAUCGGAUAUCAAAAGGAAUUUGAAUCCUACGCCAUACAAGGUUGCCGUAAGUGAUAAACUUUACCACUUCAUUCAUGACCAAUGGUUAAAAAAUGCCCCGAUUGGAGAACUCUCCUAAGCAGGAAGAAAGGCGGUGUUGAUAAACUGAUGAGUGUAAAGGAGUGAUAUUCAGAUAAGGAAAUUUUAGCAUAAAAGUGCGAUGGGAAAAAAUGAUCCACGACAUGGAAUCAAUCCAGAUGAACAACUAGAAUCCUCUAGUUUAAGCAAUUUGUAAUUUGUAGGCAACUUUAGUGGUGAAAGUACGUCGAAUAUAUUUGUAAGGCGCUUAGAAGCAUUAGAGUUGCUCGUUACCUAGCCCGAGAACGAAUUUUCUUAAUCAAUGCUCAAACAGUUCAAGAUUAAGGCCGUUUAUCAACGUCUUCGUACUGGGAAGUAGGUAGUUUUAGUACAAAAAUUUGCACUUAUAAGCUGUUAUUAUCUUUAUAGUUUAUAAUCGGAAGGCAAUAUAUUUUUAUUAUGUCUUGUGACAAUAACCAGAUUGUUACCUCAGCUAAUUAAUACGGGAUUAAGUCCUAUUUGCAUCAAGGCUUGUGGUUUAGACAUAGGAAACUGAUAGUUUUGCUCAAUAGUUGCGCAAAUAUUCACAAAGUGUAAUUUCUAUAGUUUAUAUGUUUGUUAUAUUUUGUUACAUUUGCUAUAUUUCUACGUGAAGCUGGAACCAGUAGUCCGUCCAAAAUGAUACAUUACGUACACUACAAAGAAUAUUCAAUAAACAUCUGUUACAGUUUCCAA